ACUUACUGAAAGGACAGAGCCAACCAGCAGGAGCCUCCUUAACUCCUCCUAGCAAUUUGAAACUGUUAGGUGGCAAUUUAGGGGCUGGGGCUUAUUCUGCAGGAAUUAACGCCUGUCCGCAGCCAUAUCCGGAACCCGAGCUAGAGUAGGAGCUGAAAACCGAGGGCUAGAGCUGACAGUUUUUUUGCAGGAUGUCCUCAGACGAAGAGAAACCUUUGGUUGCAGCAAGAGAACCUGAUCCAGAUAGUUCAGUUUCUUCAGAUCUCCAGACCGAAUACGAAGAGCUUCUUCGAUAUGCUGUGGUGACACCAAAGAGUGAUACAAUUGCCUCAAGGCAAUCUCAUUCCAAGUUACUGGGGGGAACAGAUGACAAGAUAUUGAAUGCUGAAGAGCCACAUGCUUCAGGAAAGGGCCCCACAGGAAGAGAACACAGAAUUGAACCUGGAAGAAAUAAAGAAAUCAGUGGUAGUUCAAGUAUUUCCAAAGAAGAAGUUCCUUCAUUUUCACCAUCAAAGAGACCCAGUCAUCCAAUCAUGGACUUUUUCAGCUCACAGCAUUUCAAUGACACUUCCUCACCAGGAACUUCUAGUCCCAAGGAAAAAGAAUGUUGUGAAAAAGUUGUGACUGAAUCAUUUAUUACUGAUGAAAACCUUCGAAAGAUAGAAAGCAUAAUUGAACUCUGGUGUUCAGGUCUUAAGAAAAAUGUUCUUGCUGAACUAAGCAAAUGGAAACUUAAUUUUAUUGAUUGGCAUAGAGGAGAAAUGAAAAAAGAGAAGGAUAAAAGUGCAACGCAAUUAGAAAAAUUGCAGAACCAGGUAGAUGACUUGACUGAGCUGCAGCAAACUUAUGAAACUUCAGCUGGGAGAAAAGAUGAGGUAAUUUCUACCUUGACUGAAGCUUCAAAUAAGCAGAAGGAAAGAGCAGAUGUAUUGAAAAUAUUCUUCCACUGGCGAAUUGAACAACUCAAGGCCAAACAGGAGAUAUAUGAAGCUAAGCUAGCUGACCAGCACUAUAACAGAGCUUUGAUGAAGAGAGUUUGGAAGGCCUGGCGCUCCAUACUGCAAUCACAGUGGAAAAAUACAUUCGAAAGAGCUUGUCAAACCAGAGCCGAAGAAAUUUGUCUUCAGAUUUCCAGGGAUUAUGAAACUCAAAUUGUAUCAUUAAAUGAUGCUUUGGAAGCUGCAAAAACUGAGAUCCAAAAGCUCCAAUAUGAAAAAGAUCAAUAUCAAGAGUCCUUGAAAAAAGCUUUCAUGCGAGGCGUGUGUGCAUUAAAUCUAGAAGCCCUGAGUAUCUUUCAGAGUAGACAUGACAAUGGAAUAGAGAGCACAAAUAAGAAAGAUGACUAUGGCCCCGGUGAUUCAGGGAAAGAUGGUCCUCUUCAUUUUGACCCUUCACUUCUUUCAGUAACAGCACUAGCACCAGGAGCAUCAGUAUCAGCACAGGCAUCAUCUCAGGCACCAUCACACAUACAUUCACAGAUACCAUCACACUUACAUUCACAAGUACCAUCGCAGGUAUUAUCACAAGUACCAUCACACUUACAUUCACAGGGACCACCACAGGGACCAUCACACUUACAUUCGCAGGGACCAUCACACUUACAUUCACAGGGACCAUCACAGGGACCACCACACUUACAUUCACAGGGACCAUCACAGGGACCACCACACUUACACUCACAGGGACCAUCGCAGGGACCAUCACAGGGACCACCACACUUACAUUCACAGGGACCAUCACAGGGACCAUCAUACUUACAUUCACAGGGACCAUCACAGGGACCACCACACUUACAUUCACAGGGACCAUCGCAGGGACCACCACACUUACAUUCACAGGGACCAUCGCAGGGACCACCACACUUACAUUCGCAGGGACCAUCACAGGGACCACCACACUUACAUUCACAGGGGCAAUCUUACUUACAUUCACAGGGACCAUCACAGGGACCAUCACAUUUACAUUCACAGGGACCAUCGCAGGGACCAUCACAGGGACCAUCACAGGGACCAUCACACUUAAAUUCACAGGGACCGUCACAGGGACCACCAUACUUACACUCACAGGGAUCAUCGCAGGGACCAUCACAGGGACCACCACAUUUACAUUCACAGGGACCAUUAUAUUUAAAUUCACAAGUACCGUCACACUUACAUUCGCAGGUACCAUCUCAGGUACCAUCACACUUACAUUCGCAGGUACCAUCACAGGUAACAUCACACUUACAUUCGCAGGUACCAUCACAGGUACCAUCACACAUACCAGCAGUAAAAGAUGAAAUGUUUGAGCCAAAAGUUGUGACAUCUGUUCAGCAGAAGGCAGGAAGAACAAUUACCGCUCGAAUUGCAGGGAGAUCUGAUUUGCCUCUGAAAGCCAGUAGAAAUUGUGGUGGUUUAGCGAUAAUGGGAGUCUUGCCUCCCAUGAGUUCUGUUGUUAUAGAAAAACAUCAUCCAGUCACACAGCAAACCAUUCCUCAGGCUCUUGCAGCAAAAUACCCUCGAACUGUACACUAUGAAACAAGCAGUACAUCGUCAAGACACCCAGGACACGGUGGAAAAGCAUCUGCCCAAUCUUGUCACUCCAUAAAGGUGGUUGACUAAAUUGAGUGGAGAUGUUUAUAGAAAGGGGAUGAUUUUUUUUCACUUUCUGAUUUCCCGUGCUGAAAAACUCCUAUGGAUGUGCUAUCGUGGAAUUUCCCGGUAAUGCUUAGGCUGGCACAGCAGAACACUGAAUAACAUCAUGUUCACCUUUUUAUGAUCAUCCAAAGACUGAUUCAAUGGAAAAAUUAUUUCAAGGAAAGUAAAAUGUCCUUUGUAACUUUAUGCAGUAAUUAUUUUAAUGUUGAUGAAUGUUUAUUUAAGAAAUAAAUUGAAUAUGUACCAUUUUUGAUUAAAAAAAUGUCUAUAUGUUUGUUGACCA